GUAGCGUAUCCCCGUUGAGCCGGGAGCGUCUGAACAUGCGUGUUGGUCUCUGGAGGCUUUAAUCAAAUCCAGGCUUUCCCAGAAAUCACCUCCGAACUUCCAGCGAGCCGAGGAAUCCGAAAGCAGCCGGAGCGAGGAGGCUUCGGGCUGGGAAUUCCGGGCUGGAAUGGUGGAGAUGCUGCCUUCGGCGAGGGGCGCGAGGAGGGUGCGGGCAAGGGGCUGAAAGCCUACCCAUGAGCUCGGACUUCCAGCAUUACAGUUUCAGGAUGCCGAACAUCGGGUUCCAGAACCUGCCUCUCAACAUCUACAUCGUGGUUUUCGGCACGGCCAUCUUCGUCUUCAUCCUCAGUUUGCUCUUCUGUUGCUACUUGAUCAGGCUCAGACAUCAAGCACACAAAGAGCUUUACGCCUACAAACAGGUUAUACUCAAGGAGAAGGUGAAGGAGCUGAACCUGCACGAGAUCUGUGCCGUGUGCCUGGAGGAGUUCAAGCCCAAGGACGAGCUGGGGAUCUGUCCCUGCAAACAUGCCUUCCACAGGAAGUGCCUCAUCAAGUGGCUGGAGGUGCGCAAGGUCUGCCCGCUCUGCAACAUGCCAGUGCUGCAGCUGGCGCAGCUGCACAAGCAGCAGGACCCCGGCCCCCCCCAGGGCCCCCUGCCCGGGGCAGAGAACAUUGUAUAGCUCCAGCAUCCCAUGGACCGCCCCAUGGCCAUGCCCCCCAGCCCGGGCACACUGGGACAGCUGGAGCACUGAGGGACAGGCAGGGACACGGGGGACCCGGAGCACUUUAGUGCGGGGCAGGUACCUGCUGGGUGAUGCCCCAUCGCUGCCUCCAUGGAGCUGUGCUGGGAUGGAGCCUCUCGAGCCUGAGCUUGAUUCCUCAUUCCCGGGGUGAGGAGGGGAUCUGGGGUCCUUGUUGGGUGCCUGCACUUCAGCCUUCUUCCAGCACAUCCCUUCUCCUGCACGAUAUCCAUUGGGAAGUGAUACGGAGCAGCAUCGAGCCAUCCCACAGCCUCCUGUGGCAACGGGAUGUCCCCCUCCGACAGAGAGGCCUGGCUAAUGCCAACCUCCUACACACCAUGGGAUUGGAGAUCAGCUCCCAGCUGUCAUCCGAUGGGAAUUCCAGGGGUUCCGGCUGGUUCACUUCCCAGCCCUGCACCCAUCCAUGGCACCCAGAUACACUUGGGGACCUCAGAGCAUCUCAGCCGUUCUCCUCUGCACGGGGUUACCUUUGCCGUUGCGAUUCCGAUGUAGAAGAUGGGAUCUCGGCAUUCCAGGCACCCUGAUCCCGGGAUUCGGAGCCACCUCGGCACCCUCUGCCCCUCCAAAAGGGCUUAUCCGGGCUGGAGGAGCCGGUGUCACCCAUGGAAGAUGCCAUCAGCCCCUCCUCGGCACAAUGGGCUACCUCACCCUGCGAUGGGCGCUGUCCUGCUCUGAUCCAUGGAACCAUGGGAAGGGCAGCAAAUCCCAUCCUUGGGAUUCAUCCAUCCCGUUCCACUGGG